GAGGAGGGGAUGAGUCUGCAAGAACAGUUAUUACCGAUUGUGAAAUUCUCAUUUGUGUUUACUUGUUCGUUUAGUGUUUUUGUCUGUUUCAAAAUGGCGAAAAAGUCUGUCGAUGAAAAUUUCAUCUUUAGAGCUUGUUUAGGUUGUUAUCAAGUCAAGAGUUUCGGGGAAUUUGACAGGCAUGGCUGCGAAAAUUGUGACCCAUGUCUAAAAAUGAAAGGCAAUCCAGAUAACAUUCGCAAGUAUACGACCGAAGACUUUGGUGGGAUGGUUGCGAAAACGCCGUCAUUUGGUUCCGCCUCCGUAUCCGUAGGGUCCACUGAAGGUGUGCCAGGAAUGUACGCUAUCACAUGUAAUGGCAUUUUAGAACAACAAAAAAUACAAGAAAUGCAGCAGAUGGGGUUAAGGACACCAAAAAAUCUACUAUUAGAUUCGCCAAGAAAUCCAUUAAGGAAUUCACCAAAAAAUUCCCCAAAAAAUCCACUAAGUAUGACUCCAGAAAGUUCACCAAAAAAUCAACCAAGAAGGUUACGAAAAAAAAAAUUUCCGAUAAUUAAAUUAUGAGAAUUUUAAAACCAACUUUUCAGUUUAUGUAAUUUGAAUUGAAUUAAUUAUAGCAGCACACAAAAUCAGACAAAUGUCGCAGAUAUCUUUGUUAAUGGGCGGAAAGAGACCAAACUAUCGCCGAUAGUAACAUUAUGUGUAUGAAUAUUUAACUUUAUGAUCAAAUUUUCUAUUUUAUAUUACUUGAAUUAAAUUAACAAUAUAUUUCAA